CGUGCCCGGUUACCGUUGCCGGGGCCCGGCGGCGGCGAUGGUGAAGGAAACGAUCCGGGUGUACGCGCGGGUGAAGCCGCUGGGCAGGCGGCAGCAGGCGGGGAUUUAUUCAGUUGAUAAUGAGGAACCUCUGUCCAGUCUGGAGAUUACUGUGCCACGUGACUUAGCAGAUGGGUUCAUCAAUAACAAACGAGAAAGCUACAAGUUCAAAUUUCAGAAAAUUUUUGAUCAAGAAGCAAAACAAGAUGUGAUUUUUGACAGUAUUGCCAAACCAGUAGCAGAAUGUGUUUUGGCUGGAUACAAUGGUACUAUCUUUGCAUAUGGUCAGACAGGCAGUGGAAAAACUUUUACCAUCACAGGAGGAGCAGAACAUUACAGUGAGCGAGGCAUCAUUCCCAGGACUUUAUCUUAUAUUUUUGAUCAAUUGCAGAAGGACAGCAAUAAAGUGUACACAACUCAUGUUUCCUACUUAGAAAUCUACAAUGAAUGUGGCUAUGAUCUGCUGGACCCAAGACAUGAGGCCUCCAGAAUGGAAGAUUUGCCAAAAGUGACAAUAAUGGAAGACUCUGAUCAAAACAUUCAUCUUAAAAACUUGUCUCUUCAGCAAGCAACCAAUGAAGAGGAGGCCUUAAAUCUACUCUUCUUGGGGGACACCAACAGAAUGAUUGCUGAGACACCAAUGAAUCAAGCCUCAAGCCGAUCUCACUGCAUUUUCACUAUUCACAUCUCCAGCAAGGAACCUGGAUCUGCAACUAUCCGACGCUCCAAGUUGCAUUUAGUAGACCUUGCCGGGUCAGAACGUGUUGCAAAGACAGGAAUUGGAGGCCACCUACUGACAGAAGCCAAAUAUAUCAACCUGUCAUUACACUAUUUGGAGCAGGUAAUAAUUGCCCUUGCAGAGAAAAACCGGUCCCACAUUCCUUACCGAAACUCUAUGAUGACCUCAGUUCUAAGAGACAGUCUGGGAGGAAACUGCAUGACUACCAUGAUAUCAACACUUGCUAUGGACAAAAGAAAUAUAGAUGAAUCUAUAUCAACCUGCAGAUUUGCACAGCGAGUUGCUCUUAUUAAGAAUGAAGCAGUUCUUAAUGAAGAAAUUGACCCCAGACUGAUGAUUGUCCAGCUGAAAAAGGAGAUCCAGGAUUUGAAGGAUGAGUUGGAGCUGGUGACUGGCAAGCAAAGAACGUCAGAGCUUUCCCAAAAAGAGCUACUUCAGUUGGAUGAGUUGAUUGAAACAUUUCUCAAAGAUAAUGAUCCUGAUAGCUCUCUGGAUGUUGGUGCUGACAUGCGCAAGAUCAAGUAUUGCUUCAUUCAUAUGAAGCAAAUUAUAAACCAUCCAAUGACUUCAGGUAAAAAACUGCUCCCACAAGACUUCUCUGAAGAAAAAAACAGUACUGAAGAACUGGAAAAACUGAAAGGACUUCUGCAACAAAGAGACAAUGAAAUCAAUAUUCUGGUAACUAUGCUAAAAGAAGAAAAAAAGAAAGCACGAGAUGCUCUUGCACAGCUUAAUGCCACCUCUGCUGGUUCAACAGUCUUGGAGCAGUCUCCUUCUAUGAGCUUGGAAGAAAGUCAGAGUCCAUCUAGAUGUUUUAAUCCGAAAGAGGCAAAAGAUUUCAGCUCUUCCAUUCCCAAACUGCCUUUUCUUUCCAGAGCAACAGUUUCUCUGUUUUCCAUUUUCCCUGGUAACAUUCUUCCUAGAGGAGGAAAGAUGCCACUUGGAUCCCAGGAAGCUUUUGAAGUUUUUAAGCGGGACCAUGCUGACAGUAUAACCAUUGAGGACAACAAACAGCUUCUGAAGCAGAGGUUUGAUGAAGCUAAAUGCCUUGGAGAGAAAUUAAAUGAAGUGAGAAAUAAAAUAAACCAUCUGAAAGGAAAGAUAAUCCAGAGGCAGAUUCAGAGAGCAGCUCUAGCUGUUUCAAAUCCAUCUGAAGAACUAACGCUUGACCCAGUAGAAGAGAAUCUUAGAAUGCAAAUUGAAGAAGAAAAGAAAAGCUAUAAAGCAGUGUAUAGUCGCUUCAAAGGGCUGAAGGUAGAAAUUGAGCACCUGCAGCUUCUUAUGGAAAAAGUGAAGAUGAAGCUGCAAAAAGACUUUGAAGUCUGGUGGUCUGAAGAGGCAAAAAAAUUCCAGCAGGAAAAGCCAGAAAUGGUUACAUCACCAAAUACCACCACUGUUUAUCCACGGUUUAUCAGAUCCUCACAGCAUCUAUCACCUAACAGUUCUUCAGACACGAGUAGAGACAGCCUGUAUGAAGAUCCAGCUGUAAAAAACAAUUCAAUCACUUUCGGUAACCCAGCUUUAAAAACAAGCAUACUUUCUUAUUUCAGGACCCCACCAAGUUCAAGUACGUCUAUUCCUCUGACUGGAGACAGCCAGGCUGAUGCUGACAUCCUAGCUUUCAUUAAAGCAAGACAGAACAUCCUGCAAAAGAAAGGCUUAGGGAACAAAUGAAAUUCUUGUCACCGUCCACUAUUUCCUUUUAGAAACAGUGAAAGAUCUUUAUUCUUUCCCCUCUUCUUCUGUUUAGAAACAGGUACAAGUAAGUACUUCAGAUGUACAAGUUUAAUUGGUAAGGGUAUACAAACUGUCUUUGACAGCAAAAUCUAUUUGUCCAACAAUUGUUAUUUGAGUAUUUGCACUAGUAUCUUCACCUUGCAUUAUGAUUAAUUAAACUGAAACAACUAAUCAAGAGUUUGGCAAACAUGUUUGUUUAUGAGAAUUCAUUGUACAUUUCUAAAUGUUAAAAUUAUCUAAUGUAUUAAUGCUCUUAUACAUCUUUAAUCUGGGAAAGGCUUAUUACUGCUGAUGGGGGAUUUUUACAUCAAUUUGCACAAGGCUUUGUUAAUUAUACCUAUUGAACAUCAAGAGAUAUCCAUUCAAUAACAGUAGUUAUUUGGGUUAUAAAAUUCCAUAAAAUUUCAUUUGAGAUUUUUCCCCUUCAAGGAAUAGCAAUUUUCAUAUCAGAUUAUUCGACUAUUGAGAUUACAUUGUAAUAUAAAAACAAAUGUAUUUGAGAAAGUAAUUCCAGAGUUCAAACUUUCCCAACUGUUCUCCUUUUGUUUGAAUGGAUUAAGUGUUGUGCAGAAUGGAUUAAAUGUUAUGCAAAAUGCACACCCUCCCAGAAUACACAGGUUUCAGGAGAAACAACUACACUUAAUAGACUUUAAACAGAAAAAGGCCAAUACUUCUAAAACAACAACGAGAUGUGAAAAUUUAAAUACAUUUAUAUCUUAUAUACAAUGUAAUUUCACUAUUGACUUGGUACUGUUGUAUUGCAUAAUAUCCAGUUAUGAAACAAUUUGUUUUACACAUCAAAUUAAAAUCAAAAAUGCAAUGCAAAGUACAGACUAUUUCUCUGGAAUACUACCAUAUUGAAGUUAUCACUUUUCAUGCUCAUGAUAAACUUUUAGUCAUGCAUUUAGAAGCAUAUGGGUUGUUCACAUAAAAAUAAAACAAUAUAUUGGCAGAAGUCACAUAUUCUCAAGGAUGUAUAUUUCUUUUUAUACAUGCUGAUACUUAAUUCUUUGUGAAAUUCAUAAUUAUACAGAAGUACAUGGUGAAUUGUUGUGUUCAAACCUGCAAAAGAUAUGUUUGUCAAAUUAACAACUAAUAUGCAAUCAGUUUAAAAUAUUAAAGUUGUACCUGUUUUGCACUUUAAUUUUCUGUAAAAGUCAACACAGAUACUAUAUAAAUUGGUAAGCUUUAGCAGAAUUUAGUAUGUGCAAACUGAGAUAAAAGUCAGAUCUACUCUUAACUUUGGGAAGCGUUCAAGGAUUUUGUCAGAUGUGGAAAAAUCCACAGGCCUUCUCCCUUUUAUAUGUCUGCUUUGUUGGUGAUUAUAUUAAAAUGUCCUUCCAGAA